CUCACACAGGAGUAAAACCUUUCACUUGUUCAACCUGUGGGAAAAGUUACAGACAAAAACAUGGUUUAAUCCGUCACAUGAAGAUUCACACAGGAGAAAAUCUGGCCAUAUGUGUAACCUGUGGAAAAGGUUUCCAUGACACCAACUAUUUAAAGAGACACAUGAGAAUUCACACAAGUGAGAAGCCUUUCUCCUGUAUGACAUGUGGAAAGAGUUUCAGUGAAAGAGGGACUUUAAUUCAGCACAUGAGAAUUCACACAGGUGAGAAACGUUUCUCGUGUGGGACUUGUGAAAAACAUUUCACCAACAGAAGCAAUUUAAAUACUCAUGUAAAAAUUCACACUGGUGAGAAACCUUUCUCUUGUUUGAUCUGUGGAAAGAGUUACAGUGUAAGAAAGCUUUUAACUUGUCACGUGAGAAUUCACACAGGCGAGAAGCCUUUUUCAUGUUGGACCUGUGGAAAAAGUUUUCCUCGAAAAUACACUUUAACUGUUCACAUGAGAAUUCACAAAGGUGAGAAGCCUUUCUCUUGUGGUACCUGUGGAAAAAGUUUUACUCGAAAAGACACUUUAAUUGCUCAUAUCAAAAUUCACACAGGUGAGAAGCCUUUCUCUUGUGGGACUUGUGGAAAAAGUUACAAUCAUAGACAAAGUUUAACUCAUCAUAUGAGCAUUCACACAGGUGUGACUCCUUUCUCUUGUGGAAUCUGUGGAAAGAGUUACAGUAUAAGAAAGUAUUUAACUACUCACAUGAGAAUUCACACAGGUGAGAAGCCUUUCUCUUGUGGGACCUGUGGAAAGAGUUACAUUCAAAGACAGAGUUUAAUUUGUCACAUCAGAAUUCACACAGGUGAGAAGCCUUUCUCUUGUGGGACUUGUGGAAAGAGUUUCAGACGUAGAAGUAGUUUAACUUAUCACAUGAAGAUUCACACAGAGUAGAACACUUUGGCUCGAAACAGAGCCUAUCCUUUUUGGCAUCUGAUCCAAUGGAAAAUCUAGUGGGAUGAUGUACACAGCAACUAAAAAACAUUAAUGUCAGCAGGGCCUUGCCGUUUACUUUUUUUUCAUUGUAUCUGUGUCUUUCACUUCCAAACCAAGACACAUGUAAGCUAAGGUCUACUUUUGUGGACCAGCUUUUUUUCUGUAAUUGUUUUUGUUUUUAUUUUACGUCUGUCAUAUUUGUACUGAAGAUCCACAUCAGUAUCCCCUUAGAUGCUGAAGUUAAAGAGGGGAACACAUUCCGACAGUAUUCAUUUCUGUGCAUUUUAGUUUUCAUGGAGUUCUGUACAAUGUAGAAUAACUGAGUUCAGCUUUUACAUUUUUGGCAUUUCCGUCUGUGACUUCAUGUGAAAUUCUUUACAUAUUAAACCAUUGAAAUGUUAUUUUUUUCCUGUAAAUAGAACUGUCAUGUUUAUUUAAAAAUGAUAAUAUAAUUGAGAUCUGGUCAGAUUUUUAUUUAGGUCAAACCACAGAGGUUUUUAUUUUCCCAAAUGUUUUUCACACAAGUCAUUGUUAUAAUUUGCUAUGAGUAAGUGUUUGUACAAAUAAAGGUUUGCACAUGUUCUACAGAUCUUAAACUUUGUACCAGUAUUUUAUUUUUUUUUGCAGAAUCCGGGUUUGACCCAGAAAAUUUGCUCUGCCCAGUCGUCUGGGUCACUGAGGUGGUCGAGUUGGGGGAGGGGUCAAGUAAAGCAUGGCAGGCCACCAGCCUUAAAACAUACUGGGGGAAACCCUGCUUAUUUUUUUUUUUAAAUAUUUCUUUUUCUACCUUUUUUUGUUUUAUUGUGAAAAGGAGGCUGACAGGAAAGAGAAAGACGUGCAGUAAAUGUCGCGGGUCCGGGUGUCGAACCUGUGACGGCCUCAGGCCUCCAAACGUGGGCCGCUCUUAACCCCGCAGAAUAUUCUUAUCAAUAAAUGUUGAUUUGCUAAAAAUAUUGAUGGAUUUUUCAGUGAUUGCCAUAGUCACUAACUGUAACCAUAUUUUUAAAAGUGAUUUUUAAGUAAAGCAUCUAAAGAUCUUUGUAACAACUACAUUAAAUUAGUUCUUUUAUAUGAA